AUGGGAGGACACGAGAAUAUGAUAACGAGAAGAGGACAAUUAAAAGCGUCGAUAACGAGAUUUUCGAAUUAUCUACAAUCACAAAAUAUCGAUUCGACUGAAGUAAAGGCUCGACGUGAAAAAAUUGAAGACGUAUGGGCCGAAUAUGAACAGGUGCAAUCAGCCAUAGAAAUGGAAGAGGGUAGCAACAUAGAAACACAAAAUAGAUAUAGAGCGGAGUUCGAAGACUUAUACUUCAAAACUAUUGCAAUAGCAGAGAAAAUUGUAAUAGCAGCAAGCUCGGUGGUUUCACAAGACGAAAAUACAAAUAAAAACACGAACACCGAUAUACCGAACGCGUGUAUGAAUAAAGUAUUGUCAUCAGUUAAGUUGUCAUCGUUAAGCGUACCGGUAUUUACCGGCAAUUAUCAAGAAUGGGCAUCAUUUUAUGAUAUAUUUUCGGCGUUAAUUGAUAACAAUGCAUCAUUAACGGCAAUAGAAAAAUUUUUUUAUUUGCGAGAAUCGUUAUCAGGCGAGGCGCUAAGCUCAAUUAAAUGCUUAGAAACGACGGGUAAUAAUUAUAUCAUAGCAUGGCAAUCACUAAUAACGCGUUAUAAUAAUAAAAGGGUACUGGUUCAAACGCAUGUAAAGGCGAUAUAUGAUCUAGAAACGGUGGGCGGUGAUUCGGCGAAACGGUUAAGGCAGUUUACAGAUGCACUGAACGGACACAUGCGUGCGUUAGAGGCGCUGGGACAGGAACCCACAAAUUGGGGACCAUUAUUAAUGCACAUCAUUUUAAUAAAAUUGGAUAAAACCACAUUGAAGGAAUGGGAAGCGAGAGCGCCGUGUGCUGAAGUACCGAAAUUAUCCGAACUGAUAACAUUUUUAGAUUCAAGGUUUAAAAUAUUAGAAUCGAUCGAAACGGUAAAAAAUAUAAACAUCAAAGCGCACAACACGCUGUUACACUUGCCAGGAGGAAAAAAUACAGUAAUCGAAGGUAGUAAGGCAGUUCAAUCAACAGUUGCAAAUGUAUCGACAAGUGAAGUCAUUGAAGAAUCAACAUCGUUAAGCGCACACGCAUCGGUAAUACAAGACGACAAGGUAUUGCUGUCGACGGCGAUGGUAUCAUUGCGCAACGAAUCAGGGCAAUGGGUGCCGGGACGCGUAUUAUUAGAUUCUGGAUCCCAAAGUAAUUUGAUAACAGAGGAAAUGGUACAGCUAUUAAAAUUGAAAAAGAAACAUGUGAAACAUGAUUUAUGUGGAAUAGGUGGUAGUACACAAAAGGCUUCGUCAGCGGUGGUUGCAACAAUUGCGGCCGAAGAUAAAAAAUUUACAUUAACAGUAACGUGUUUAGUAGUGAAGCGUAUAACUAAUAAUUUGCCGUCAAAAUUAUUAAAUGACAAUAUCUUGAUUCCGCGUAAUAUCAAAUUAGCUGACCCAUGGUUCAAUACACCACGAAAAAUUGACUUGCUAAUUGGUGCUGGUUAUUUUUACGAAUUAUUACGUACGGGACAACUGAGGCCGUCGUCAGGCGGACCUAUAUAUCAAGAAACUUGUUUUGGAUGGGUAGUAUCGGGUCCCGCAGAUAACGUAAUUGACGCUGGUGGAUGGACGGCGAGCGCGGUAAAUCUAUCGCUAGCCGAAAAUAAAGAAACAGAUUUGGAACAAUCGAUUACAAAAUUUUGGAAAUUGGAAGAAUACGAAUCAAAAUCAGCAUACACAAAAGAAGAAAAAGAAUGUGAAGCACAUUUCAAUAAAAAUCUAAAUCGGGAUGAAAGCGGUCGAUUUAUAGUCAAACUUCCGUUUAAAGUAAAUGCGCCAAAAUUGGGCAAUUCAUACAAUAUUGCUGAACGGCGGUUUUUGUUAUUAGAAAAACGACUGCAAAGAGAUCCAAAAUUAAAACAAGAUUAUGUAAAAUUUAUGUCAGAAUAUGAAGCGUUGGGGCAUAUGGAACGUGUCAAUAAAGAAAUCGAAAACAAAGACGGUGAAAAAAAAUAUUAUAUUCCACACCACGCCGUGCGUAACGACAGUAGUACAACGACAAAACUACGGGUAGUGUUCGACGCGUCAAGCAAAACCGAUGCGGGCGUUAGUCUUAAUGAUAUUUUACUAAAAGGUCCGUCUAUUCAAGAUGAUUUAAUAUAUAUAUUAAUACGCUUCCGUACCUAUAACUAUGUAUUUUCGGCGGACAUCGUAAAAAUGUACCGUCAAUUUUUAGUUGUCGAGGAUCAGCGGGAUUUUCAACGUGUGCUAUGGCGACCUGAACCGACCCAACCGAUAUGUAUAUAUCGACUAAACACAUUGACGUACGGCACCGUGCCGGCAUCGUAUUUAGCAACAGCGUGUCUUAAAAAAUUAGCCGAAUCCGAAUGUGAUGGUUGUCCGGAGGUGGGUGAAUCAAUCAUUAGAGAUUUUUAUAUGGACGAUUUCUUAGGUGGUGCAAUGUUAAAAGGCGACGCAAUAAAAUUACGAGAUAAUCUAAUUUCAAUUAUGAGUAAAGCCGGUUUAGAACUGCGCAAAUGGUUAUCUAAUGACCCGGAGUUAAUAGCCGACGUGCAUUCCGAUAACAAUAGUAUACGAUCAAUGGGUGAACAAAUGACAAAAAUAUUAGGCCUGCAUUGGAAAUCAGAUGAUGAUAUGUUAUUCUAUACAGUGCAGCAGGUCGAGGUCAAUGCUCCGAUAACCAAACGAAAAAUAUUGUCCGAAAUCGCAACAAUAUUUGAUCCAUUGGGGUUACUCGGACCUAUUAUUAUAAUCGCCAAAAUUAUUAUGCAAAGUCUGUGGCAAAUUAAGCUUAAUUGGGAUGAUGUAUUACCCGACAAAAUUUGUACAGAAUGGCAAAGGUACCGAGACGGGUUACCAUCAUUAAAUAAUUUAAGAAUACCACGAAAAAUAAUUUCAAACGGGAUAUUAGUUAAUACGGAAGUACACGGUUUCGCGGAUGCGUCCGAGAAGGCCUAUGGCGCAUGUUUAUACUUAAGAACGACUGGCGUACACGGAAAAACCGAAGUAAAAUUAAUAUGCGCGAAGUCAAAGGUUGCUCCGUUGAAAAUAGUGUCUUUGCCGCGGUUAGAAUUGUGUGCUGCUUUGCUACUAGCUCGAUUGAGUAGUAGAAUGAUACCAAAAUUAAAUUUGAAAAUUGAUCGACGUCGAUUUUGGAUUGAUUCGAAAGUGGUCCUAGUGUGGAUAACGUCACCAUCAGGUCGAUGGAAAACAUUUGUCGCGCAUCGCGUUGGCGAAAUACAGGAGCUGACCGCGUGCAGUGAAUGGUCACACGUCUCCACUCAUGACAACGCCGCGGACGUAAUUUCGCGUGGAUGUAAUGCCGAGGACAUCGGAAAUAAAUCGAUUUGGUGGUUUGGACCGGAAUGGCUAAUUAAAGACGCAGAUAUGUGGCCGAAACCUACAAAUGUUGAUAAAAUCGAAAUAGAAAAGAUGCCCGAAGAAAAGAGUAACGUAACAUCGAAUACAUAUAAUUUCACAUGUACGUUAUCAUCGGAUUUUUCAUUGUUGAAUAAUCGUUCAUCAUUAAAACAAAUUAUCCGAAUAACGGCGUAUUGUUUACGUUGGAGAAAUAACGGACUAAAGAGUCGUAAAAGUGUCGUCGGCCAGUUAGAUGUAAAGGAAUUGGAAUACGCAAAUUUGGCCUUAAUUAAAAUGAUCCAGAGAACACAUUUCCAAAAAGAAAUAAAUGAACUUAAAUCUCCAAAGGCGCAAGUGGCUGGCAGUAGCGUACUGUUAAGAUUACGACCGUUUUGUGACGAGAACGAUAUAUUACGCGUUGGAGGACGUUUAGCAAACGCGAUUAUGUUAAGUGAAUUUCAGAGGCAUCCAAUUGUACUUCCCCGUGAUAGUACGUAUACGCGGUUGUUGUUUCAAAGUGAACAUGUCAACUUAUUACAUAGUGGUCCACAGGCACUUGUGGCGUCCAUUCGACAACGGUAUUGGCCUUUAGGAGCACGCAGUAUAGCACGGAAGAUCGUUCAUAGUUGCAUUACGUGUUUUAAACAAAAACCUAUAAUCGUACAGCCGAUAAUGGGUAACUUACCGCGCGAUCGAAUUACGUACAACCGGCCAUUUUCACGAUGCGGGGUCGACUUUGCCGGUCCCAUAAUGAUAAAAUCAAGUCUACGGCGAAACGCGCCGUGCGAUAAGGGUUAUAUAUCUAUAUUUGUUUGUUUCGCUACUAAAGCGAUACAUAUAGAGCUAGUCAGCGAUUUAACGACUAAAACAUUUUUACAAACCUUAAACCGGUUUUUCGAUCGCCGCGGAAGAAGUGCAGUUAUAUAUUCAGACAACGCAACAAACUUCGUCGGCGCUCGCAGACAGCUUCAAGACGUAUUUAAUUUAUUCCAAUCUGAUCAGCACCAAGACGCAGUUUUUACAGCUCUCUCAGAGAAGGGUGUUGAGUGGAAGGUAAUACCGCCCCGGUCUCCACAUUUCGGUGGCUUAUGGGAGGCGGCGGUUAAGUCGAUGAAAAAUUUAUUAUUUAAAGUGCUAGGCGAGUCUCGACUAACAUAUGAAGAGAUGAGUACUGUGCUAACUCGGGUCGAAGCUUGUCUAAAUUCACGUCCCAUUACUUCCUUGUCAUCCGACCCAUCCGAUCUUUCCUAUUUAACGCCUGGUCAUUUUUUAAUUGGUGAUACUAUUACCGCUGUACCCGAAAGGGAUGAAACGACCACUUCAUUGACACCUUUAGAACGUUGGAGAAGAGUUACUCAAUAUUCCCAACUACUAUGGAAGCGCUGGAGUACAGAGUAUUUAGGUCAACUUCAGGAACGUGCAAAAUGGACUCAAUCUAAGGGGCCAAAGUUAAAGGUAGGAUCUGUGGUGCUAAUACGAGAUGCGAAUUUGCCUCCAUUACAAUGGCGUCUCGGUCGAGUCCUUCAACUUCAUGUGGGAAAAGAUGGAGUAAGUCGUUCAGCAAGACAAAUAUCAGUUUGUUAA